GGGUGGCCACAAGGUGCUCGGAGCAGCUGGUGGUGUCACCACGCAGGUCCCCGGAGCAGGUCGGUCUGACGCCCGUCGUACAGACCCGUCGUACAGACCCAGGCAUGCCACAGCCUCGGACAAGAACAGAGUGUUCUGGCAGUCGCCACAUGGUAAAGCGAACCCGCAAGCAGCAGGCGCAGUGCUGUUUACCCUGAAGAAGCUAGUGUGCGCACUGGAAAGCGCUGACCGCUCAAAUGGAUCGCAUGGAGCUGCAAAAAGUCAACAUCGAACUUGAUGACCAGAGCAACAGCGGGGAAAGCCUCGAAGACAGCUACACGGAGAUGGCUGAUUCAGAAAAGGCUGCAAUCAGGAGUCCAUUUGCUAGUGAUGACGCAGAAAGUCAGAAGUUCCUUACAAAUGGAUAUCUGGGUAAAAAGAAAUUGGAAGACUACAGUGAGGAAUAUCACCGGGGAACAGUUUCCUUUGGGAUGUCAUCCUUUAACCUGAGCAACGCCAUUAUGGGCAGUGGUAUCCUGGGGCUGUCGUACGCCAUGGCCAACACUGGAAUUAUCCUUUUUGUAGUUCUGCUGCUCAGCGUAGCAAUAUUGUCACUCUACUCCAUCCACCUCUUACUGAAGAUAUCAAAAGAAGGAGGCUCGCUAAUAUACGAAAAGCUGGGAGAAAAGGCAUUUGGAUGGCCUGGAAAAUGUGGUGUUUUCAUUUCUGUUACAAUGCAGAAUAUUGGAGCAAUGUCAAGCUACCUCUUUAUUAUUAAAUAUGAACUUCCUGAAGUGAUCAGAGCAUUUAUGAAACUUGAGGAGAGUUCUAGAGAAUGGUACGUAAAUGGGAACUACCUCGUCAUAUUUGUAACAGUUGGAAUUAUUCUUCCCCUCUCCCUUCUAAAGAGCUUAGGUUACCUUGGUUAUACAAGUGGUUUUUCAUUGAGCUGUAUGGUUUUCUUUGUCAGUGCGGUAAUCUACAAGAAAUUCCAAAUCCCCUGCCCUCUCCCUGUCAUGGAGCAUGGGGCUGGAAACUGGACCACCAUCAACAACACCAUGCCAAUGCACCUGGUCAUGCUGCCCAAUGAGUCUCUCAAUUCUGGCGUGAAUUUCAUGAUGGACAACACAGCUGGGCACAUGCCAGGCCUUGAGGAGCCAAGGGACACCUUCCCUAAAAGUGGUGUGGAAUUUGAAGCACACAGUGACAGCAAUGACAUGUGUCAGCCAAAAUACUUUGUGUUCAACUCACGGACUGCCUAUGCAAUACCCAUCCUGGCAUUUGCAUUUGUAUGCCACCCUGAGGUGCUACCAAUAUACAGCGAACUGAAAGACCGUUCUCGAAAGAGGAUGCAGAAUGUCUCAAAUAUCUCCAUCACCGGCAUGCUUGUCAUGUAUCUUCUGGCUGCUCUCUUUGGAUACCUUACCUUCUAUGGAGAAGUUGAAGAUGAGUUACUUCAUACGUACACCAAAGUGUACACAUUUGAUACCCUCCUCCUGACGGUUCGCCUCGCAGUGCUGAUGGCUGUAACUUUGACUGUGCCCCUUGUCCUUUUCCCUAUCCGUUCAUCUAUCAGUGCACUGCUGUUUCCCAAAAGGCCAUUCAGCUGGAUAAGACAUUUCCUGAUUGCAGCAGUAAUUCUUGCUUUUAAUAACCUGCUUGUAAUUUUUGUCCCCGCUAUUAAAGACAUCUUUGGAUUUAUUGGCGCCUCUUCCGCCACGAUGCUGAUUUUCAUUCUUCCUGCUACCUUCUACAUACGGCUUGUUAAGAAGGAGCCUCUGAGGUCUCCCCAGAAGAUCGGGGCUCUAAUUUUUCUUAUAGUUGGCAUAAUCUUCAUGAUUGGAAGUAUGACUCUAAUUGUAAUGGACUGGAUUUACAACCCUCCAAGUUCCAGACAUCACUAACCUGUAGAGAUAACCACGUACUUUUUAUACCAUAAAUAUUUGUAUUGUGUGCUCCAAAGGACAUCUAAAUGGGAAUGUUAUUCCUUGGUAAUAACUGCAAUAUUUCGGAGACGGUUUCUGGUAACCUCACUAGAACCCAAAGGAGUACUACGUCAUCCUUUCCACCGAGGAUCGUUAUUUAUGCAUUAAGAACCUGAGCUUAGCAUUUCUGGCCAGGUUAGAUGAAAUGUGUGGUGUGGAUGCUUUUUAUUUCCAAAACCAAAAUAAGAGCAAUUGUGUAUAUAGUCCUCAAAAAUAGUUUGGUGUCACCCUGUCCGACUCCAAUCCCUCAUCUGAAUAACUACAGUUCCUAGAGCACUGGAAACGUAAUGGCCGAAAAACUCGCUCAUGCUUUGUUUUGUAUCUGAAACUCAUGGGAGCAGCUGCCCAGCUUUAAGAGAGAGGAUACGGUUUUUGUUGGUGAGCUCAAAAGUGGCUGCUCCCUGCCGAUCUUUCUAUAAGAAAGGUGACAGCUUUGGCAAGACAGUAGACAAGGCUGAGCAUCCGAUUGUUGCCCAAAUUCAUCACCCUCAGCACACGACAGCUGUCAUUCAAAAAAAGCUCUCUCUUGUACAGUCAGCUCUCUGCAAGGAGACCCUGUGCUGGCGCACAAGCUUAAAUAACAGUUGAGCGUUAGCGGUGUUUUGUUGUUAAAGAUGCCUGUGCUGGAAACAACAGGCAUUUCUGGUGUGGGUUUUUUGGUUUCUCUACCUUUUUUUAAUUCUUGUGUGAGCUUGCACCACUGAACAAGUUGUACCCUCCAUAGAAACUUGUCUUCCAUUCUCACAAGAAUUUAAGGAGACCCCAAGGUGUUGCACAGCACCCUAUCCAGUAUUGUUCAGUACUUGUGUAUUUGACAAAUGUUCAGUGCGGGAAACUGUAAUUUGCUAUAUAUAUGUCUAUAUAUAUAUAUAUAAAUAUAUAUAUAUAUUUAUGUACAUAAUCUUUUGUUUUCCUCUAGUUAUCAAAAUGUUACCCUACGGUACAUUAUUUUUGAUUUUUUUUUAUAUGUGUCACUGUUUUCGUAGCCACACACUUUAUAUUGUUUUGAAGAAAACGUAUUGGAUUGGUGGGUUUGUAAAAGGUUCAUUUUUAUUCAGCAGUGUUUGAAUUAUACAAGCUCUAGCCGUUACAUGUGUAGAAAGAAAUUCAGAUAUUUACUACAUAUGUUACAAUAAAUUGCAAGAUGCUUUUCUCCUGAGAAUUUUUAAUGUGUGCCUCAAAAUUCUGUAUUAUUAUCAUUGUAAACUAAAAAUUUGGGUAACUUCUGUUGCUGUAUCUUAGCUUGCCUUUGUAUACGCUAGCAUUCAAUGACAUACAUAUAUAAUUAAGCUACGUCAAGGAAAAGACAUUACUGGGAGUCUCAAGUGCAUCACGCCGUGCAGCUGUGCAAGACCAAAAGAAAAUGUGAAGUUCCAUGUUAUAUGGAUGAUUCAUUAAUGCUCAGUACCCUACAGAUUGUGAUUUUCUCUGUGCUGUGGGGUACUCUGUACUCACCAGGAAAAACAAUCAGUGAAGACACACUAAUUCCAUAGCAUGGGGAAUGGGUGGGGAGGCCCCACUCUUGGAUCGAACAUGCUUACACCGAUCCAGGCUUAUGUAAUCAGAGUUUUCACUCUCCAGCUUAAAAAUCUGUUGAGUACACACCUGUGAACUCAGAAAGUCAUAAAGCACACAAAUUUAUCUCUGUUCACAAAAUUGUGUGUGUGUGUGUGUGUGUGUGUGUGUGUGUGUGUGUGUGUGUGCGUGCAAAUGCAGGUAUGCAUACAGAUUAACUGAAAAAGCAUCUCAAAUAUGUAUUCCAUGCUGACCACUAUCUUUCUGGGCGGUAUUUUAUGCUCACUUAAGUACUGUAUACUUAAUAUAUUGGAGUACAUUUCCUUGUGAAUACUAAGUCUCUUUUUGCAUUUUUUAGAGAAAAGGGCUGCAAUAAUAUUUUCCUCUGUUUUAAGCAGAUUAAUGCAAAUAAUGCUGCAUUAAUACUGAAGAGACCUUUAACAUGGACUAGAGUUAACAGUAAUACACACA